AUGCCUGUCACACAAAGAAACUUGAAACCGGCUCCGGACUCGGAACCAGCCAAAAACCAUAAGGUGCUCAAGCACUCGUUGAAGAUCCACACUGCCGACUUCAAAAGUCUCCACCCAGUGGAAAAGACACAUAAGGAUGAGCAUGUCGAUACUCCUCGUCGCCGCCUCCGCACAAAACCAAAGACCCUCCCCAAAUUCUCCCAGGCUUAUACAUAUAGCGAUGCGUACAGCCGCUUUUUCGUUGAAGACAGCGGGUAUUUCCCGUCUGAUAGAGUGCCUGAGUUGGCUAACACGUAUUUGCGGGCCAACGCCAAGUUUGUAGGAGAGCAGCAGAGUGGGUCUGCCCGCUACGACAUCAAGGUGGAGCUAAAGACCGUGGACUUGAUGAGUCUGGUGGUGACGGGUUUUUUCCAAAUCAGUGGGCUUACUGACGAGCAUCCACUCAUCACAACAUGUUUCCGGGGCGAGAUUAUUAACAACCCGCUCCAGAGAUCACAGGCUUAUGGUGGGGGACAAAUAGAUGGAUACAUGCCGGGAACCCUUGGCUCCCACUAUUCGUUCAUCACAGAACAUAGCAACUGGGGCUCGUUCCCCAAGAACGACAUGGACCACUGGCGCAAGCUCACGGGCUCAUCGCCCACCACUUCCGAAGACGAAUUCUUGCUGCGUCUUCAAAGCAUUCACUCGGGUCAACUGGACACCCAGUACGUGUACAUGCGAUGGAAGGAAGAGUUUUUGUUGCCAGACCUGAGAGUCAAACUGCUCAAGGGUGCUUCUUUCGAGGGCUUUUACUAUAUUGUGCUCAAUAUUGGCGCCGGUCCAAAUGGCCCUUCUUCCGAUACGUUUAGCUCCGACAGCAUUCCCGGCACUAUUAACGGGCUCUACUUCCAUACUCUGAGCGACAAGUUCCAGUCGUUGUCCCUUCGGUAUGUGGAAGACCGUGGUGAGUCACAAGCGUUUGAGUUUGCCUAG